CGUAAAAUGACGCCAGGCUUUUAAGUGCCGCAAAGUGGGCUGGUCCAUGCACCAAGAUGGCGGCGGCGAACUGGGAAGAAGUGCAAGUCGCUCUCAAAGAAAACCGGCGCGAACUCGUAUUAUCUGGCGCUAACAUUGACCAAAAAAUCAAACUAAACGGAGUAGACCCUGCAAUCUACCAACUGCGCCUCUUGAACUUCCUAGAAAUCAGUCGCACAUGUAUGUCGGAGCUGUCUGAAGACUUAGGAAAUCUGACUGCCCUGCAGAAUUUGAUCCUGCACAGUAACAAACUAACGCAGCUACCUAACAGUCUAGGUAAACUACAGCAGGUGAAGGUGUUGGACGUCUCGCAGAAUGAGCUGGAGAGUCUACCUGACACGAUAGGGCAGAUGGCAUCGCUGAGGAUUUUGAAUGCCAGCUGUAAUCACCUGAAACAGCUGCCUGAACUCGGGCACCUGGAGCACCUGGCUCAUCUGGACGUGUCCCACAACCAGCUGGUGCACCUGCCUGAUGACAUGUACAAGCCCGACAGCCUCCUAGCUGAGCUCCAUGCUGGGAGCAACAGUCUAACAGAGAUCAGUGCAGAGAUUUCUGUCCUCCCGGCACUGAAAGUCCUGGACAUGUCUGAGAACAGGAUCACCGAGGUUCCUGCCCAGCUGUCUGCCUGUGGCAAGUUGAAGGAGCUGAAUCUAAAGGAAAACCCGCUGAAGGACAAACGUCUGGAUAAGAUGGUGAAGCAGUGUCAGGCUAAAGCCAUCCUGGACUACAUCAGGCAGAAGGCAGGGGGCGCUAAGGGCAAAGGAAAGGGUAAGAAGGGGAAACACGACAAGCACAGCGGGGGUGACCAGGCCUCAGACCUGGCCGUACAGAUGGACCGAGUGCUGCAGGUGACGUCCACUCCUCCGGACAGUCCUGACCAGAUCAGGGUGCAGGUGACAGCUGCGGCGCUCCAGGUGCGACCCUACCUGGUGUGCUGUGUUCUCCACAACCUGAACCUCGAUGCACCUGAGGACUUGAGGCAGUUUCUGGCCAUCCAGAACCAGCUCCAUGACACCCUCUGUGGGAAGAGAACCCAGGCCACCAUCGCCACCCACGACCUGGCCAUGGUCAGCAGUCCGCUCACCUUUGACGCCAGGGCACCAGCGGAAAUUUCAAUUCACCCCCUGGGCCGUCAGAAGGAGAUGACAUCGCUGACGGUCCUGCGAGUGUUACGGAAGGAGGCGGACCAACAACGUCGUGACAAACACAGGAAGCAGGUGUCUGGGAUCCACAAGUACCUGGAUCUGCUGAACAACUUUGAGCUGUACCCCUGUCUGCUGGACAGCACUGGUGCUGUCAUCUCCUUCCCUCCUAUCACCAACAGCCAGAAAACUAAGAUCAGUUAUACCACCAAGUCAGUGCUGGUAGAGGUGUCCAGCUCAACAGACCUGGCUGUGUGUAAAACUGUCAUGGAGGAACUCCUGAAGCAGACUGUGGAGAUGGGACUGUGUGGGUCACUCACGGACACUAGUACCCAGGCUGACACCCAGACAGACACCCAGGCAGGGGCACAGGGCGAUGGUCCGAGCGGUAAGGUGUUAGUAGUGGAGCAGGUACGAGUGACUGGCGGGGACGGACAGCUCCGAGUGCUGUACCCCUCCCGCACAGACCUGCAAAUGGACUCUUCCAUCCUCACCGUCCUCAGAUAGCUACAACUUCGAAUAUACUCCAACUCAGAAUCUGUAUGUUAUUCCCAAACAAACAAUUUUCAUCAAAAGGAUGUACCCAGUUUUGUUUGGUUUCAACUCCUUGGUUUAAACAAGGAGCUUUAAAUCUUGGUUUUAAUAAUACUAUUGCAAGUGGAUUUUUCUUAAUGGCAUCUGUCAACCAAGAAGCAUCAUUGGGAUGUAUGAAAAUGUUGGUUUAUGUUUACUAGUGGCCAUUACCUGGAUGUUGUGCCCUCCUUUUUUUACCACCAACUUUUUCUAUGACCAGUCCUGAUGCAGUUUAAAAGAUGUA